AAACCUUGGACCCACUUUUUAUGGAUCCAGACUUGGCAUAUGGAACUUAUACAGGAAGCUGUGGUCAUGUAAUGCAUGCAGCAUGCUGGCAGAAGUACUUUGAAGCUGUACAGCUUAGCUCUCAGCAGCGCAUUCAUGUUGACCUUUUUGACUUGGAGAGUGGAGAAUAUCUUUGCCCUCUUUGCAAAUCUCUGUGCAAUUCUGUAAUCCCCAUUAUCCCUUUGCAACCUCAAAAGAUAAACAGUGAGAAUGCAGAAGCUCUUGCUCAACUUUUGACCUUGGCACGAUGGAUACAGACUGUUCUGGCCAGAAUAUCAGGUUAUAAUAUGAAACAUGCUAAAG